UGUGUGAGGUCGUGGCAAGUUUUUAGGUUAUGUUUUACACAUUUCUAACAUAUUUUUACAUGUUGUAUUUCUGUGAAAAAUUUUAAGGGGCUCAGCGUGAAAUGAAAAUCUUGUCACCGCUGUCACGAAUAGCUUUCAUUGGUCUGGCCUGUAAAGAGAGACACUUCCCUCAACUCGUCCGAUCCAUCGCUGUCAGCAGUGCUGCGUCCCGCAAAGGAGAACGGCAGCUUUGGGGCACCACCAAGAAAACCAGAACUUUACGUUUGUUGCCGUGGGAAAUUAUGGCUGACCCUAAAAUUGAAGAGGCCUUAGCGCCCUUAAGAGCUGCUGUUAAAGAACAGGGUGACUUAGUUCGUAGCUUGAAGCAGUCAGGAGCUCCUGACCUGGAUGUCAAGAAAGCUGUCGUUGAACUGAAAGCACGUAAGAAGAUCCUCGAGGACAAGGAACUUUCCCUCAUCCCAAAUGUUGCUACUUUUGACCGAGCUAAAAUGGAAGAUCUUCUUAAAAGGAGAUUCUUCUUUGACCAGUCCUUUGCCAUUUAUGGAGGCAUCACAGGUCAAUUUGACUUCGGACCAAUGGGAUGUGCUAUGAAGGCAAAUAUGUUAAACACAUGGCGAAGCUUCUUUGUUUUGGAAGAACAGAUGCUGGAGGUUGACUGUUCUAUUUUAACACCAGAACCUGUUUUAAAGGCCUCCGGACAUGUAGACAGAUUUGCUGAUCUGAUGGUGAAGGAUGUUAAGAACGGCAACUGCUUCCGGCUUGAUCACCUAAUCAAAGCUCACCUUGAAAAGCUAGCUUCAGAAAAAACAGCUACUUCGGAACUUAAAGCAGAGUGCACUGAUAUUGUUGUGAAACUUGAUGGAAUGACAAAAGAUGAAAUGGCCAAUAUUUUAAAGAAAUUCAAUAUCAAAGCUCCUCUUACCAACAAUGAUCUUACUGAGCCUAUUGAGUUCAACCUGAUGUUUGCUACCCAGAUUGGCCCAUCUGGACUUGUGAAAGGGUUUUUGAGGCCCGAAACAGCCCAAGGCAUAUUUGUAAACUUUAAACGUUUAUUGGAAUUCAACCAAGGCAAGUUGCCAUUUGCCGCUGCUCAAAUUGGGAAUGCCUUCAGAAAUGAGAUUUCCCCUCGCUCUGGUCUUAUAAGAGUUCGUGAGUUUACUAUGGCUGAAAUUGAGCACUUCUGUGAUCCAAAUGAUAAGGCUCAUCCCAAGUUUGAUAGUGUGAAAGACACUACUUUAAUGCUCUAUUCAGCAUGUAAUCAAAUGGAUGGUAAAUCAGCUGAAGCUGUUAAAAUUGGUGAUGCAGUGGAGAAGGGUCUAGUGGCAAAUCAGACUCUCGGCUACUUUAUGGCACGUAUUCACCAGUUCCUUGUCAAAGUUGGAGUGGAUUCUGCCAAACUUCGGUUUAGACAGCACAUGAGCAAUGAAAUGGCCCAUUAUGCAUGUGACUGUUGGGAUGCGGAGUGCUUAACAUCAUAUGGCUGGGUUGAGUGUGUUGGCUGUGCUGAUCGAUCAGCUUUUGAUUUAACACAACACACUAAAGCUACAGGUGUGCGUUUAGCUGCUGAAAAGAAACUACCAGAACCACAGACUAUUGAUGUUGUAGAGGCUAUGCCUAACAAGGGGGCUUUAGGAAAGGAAUUCAAAAAAGAAGCCAAACAAGUGAUGGAUGCUCUGUCUGCUCUGGAUAAGAAUGCAGUGGACGAUUUAGCAAAGCAGUUGGCAGAGACUAACCUCUAUACUCUUGCUGUUGAUGGCAAGGAUGUUAAAUUGACCAAAGACCAUGUUGAAGUUAAGAAAUAUCAGAAGACAGUCCAUGUAGAAGAAAUAAUUCCUAAUGUAAUUGAGCCUUCAUUUGGUAUUGGGCGCAUCAUGUAUGCCAUUUUUGAGCACAAUUUCAAAACCCGUGAGGGUGACGAACAGAGAACGUUCUUCUCAUUACCCCCUGUGGUUGCGCCUUACAAAUGUUCUCUCCUGCCUCUCCUUAACAACCCUGACUUCACUCCUAUUAUUAAGAAGCUGUCCCAAAAUUUGCUGCUGCUUGAUGUAUCACACAAAGUAGAUGAUUCUGCUGGAUCUAUUGGUCGCAGAUAUGCCAGAACUGAUGAAAUUGCUAUUCCUUUUGGUAUCACUAUUGACUUUGACACCUUGAAAGACUCAACUGCCACCUUGAGAGAAAGAGAUUCUUGUCAGCAAGUGAGGAUUCCGCUUGCUGAAUUGCCUGAUAUUGUCAAGGAUCUUGCUAUUGGUAGAAGACGAUGGGCUGAAGUAGAAGCUAAAUAUCCUAAACAAGGUGAAGUGAAAGAGUGAAGUCAGACUUUGCUUUGCACAAGUUUUGUUCCUGUUUUGUAUGUAUACUGCUGCUGCUUCUUCAUACUUGAUAUUUAUUAUUUUCCUCUGAAUAUUUGAGAAGUGUCAAUGGAUCUGUGUAAUGUCUCUAAUGAAAAACCAGUGAAAUUUUUUCAGAUUUUAUUAUUAUACGUAUUUAUUAGAGGGUUCAGGGUGUGCUUUCAAUGAAUCAUUGUACCUGUAUGAAAUGCA